AUGUCGGAUACUCCAAUUUCUCUGCGAGACGAGGUUGUCAAGAAGCAACCAAGCACAAUGACCAACAGCGACGCUAUGGAGCGCUCCAACACCGUCGGCAGCGUGGUCUUCGAAACUCACCAUCUCGACAAGCUCUGUUCAGCGCUGGAAAACUCCAAUGGGACCGCUCGGAAAUUGACAUCCACCACCGCCAUUAGCUUGGGGGGAUUCGUCCUCUGCACCACCCCUUUGUCCAUGGUUCUUCUCGGGUGGCAAGGAGCUUCGGGUUCAGGUGCUGGGAAUCUGGGCUCAUGGAUAUGGCUGGGGGGCAUUGUCACUAUCGUUGGCGCAAUUGGAGACUGGAUCACUGGACAUAUUUUCCCCGCCAUCGUCUUCUCUCUCUUUGGCGGAUUUUGGUGCUCUUUUGGGACCAUGUUGGUUCCAGACGCGGGUGCCUUUUCUGCAUAUUCGACAGACCCGAACAAUCCUGCCGAGGGGUUGACCGAACCCGCCUUUUCCGCGACCGUAGCCUUCUUCCUGAUGGCCAUGUCAUUUUUGUGCCUGAUCUUUCUCCUGGCUAGCCUCCGGGUAAAUGUUGCAUUUUGCUUUGCAUUUGCCGGGCUGAUCCCAACCAUGGAUUUACUGGCUGCCUCCUACUGGGCUGCCGCCGAUGGCAAGACUUCCAAAGCUCUGACACUUCAACAUGGUUCGGCCGGCUGUUUACUGGCGGUGAGCCUCCUGGGGUGGUAUAUCCUUGCAGCUCUUGUCCUUCCCACGGUGGAUUUUCCGGUGGUGCUCCCACUAGGUGAUCUAUCACAUCGGAUCAAAGGGGCGUCUCAGCGUGCACGACGGCAGAAUCCUGGCUUCGAUGUAUAG